AUGCGGACUGCUGCUCUGCUUGCUGUAGUCAGUACUCUAGUGACAGCUGCAACCGUAGGAGUGUUCUUAAAGUGGAUGAUACCAAAGCGGCGAGCCAGUGCAAACCUCUCCGAACAAGAAAUAAAAGAACUUCUCGAAGAAGGUGAUAUCUACGGUUUGGAGGAAUUUCUAACCGGUGUCGAUGAUGAGAGAACUCGAGAAGCGGUAAUUGAACUUCUGGAAGCGAAACAAAUUGCCGAUGAAAAAGUUGUUGCAAUGCGUAUGCGACGAAUUAUUCGACAACUACCCGAUGAUGUAAUCGAUAAGCUGUUCGAGAUCUAUAAGAAAACAUUUCCGAGAAGAUAA